UCAGUGUGAUCCUUACACCAGCAACAUGAAGUUUGUCAUCAUCGCUUGCGUGGCCGUCGUGGCUUUUGCUGCUCCCCAAUAUGACUCCAGCGAAGAGUUCGUGCCAAUCCUGAAGGACGACCGUGUUCAGGAGGAUGAUGGAACUUUCAACUUCGACUUCGAAGCUGCCAACGGCAUCCGCGUGUCCCAGGCUGGAUCCCCCGACGGUGAUGAGGACGCUGUGAUCAAGGCCGGAGAAUACUCGUACACUGCUCCUGAUGGCACCCCCGUUGUUGUCAAGUACGUGGCUGACGAGAACGGCUUCCAGCCCCAGGGCGCCCACCUGCCCGUGGCUCCCGAGUUCCCUCACCCGAUCCCUCAGUUCGUCCUCGACCAGAUCGCAAAGGCCGCCGAGGAGGACCGCAACCGCAGCGACGAUUCUGAUGAACGUUACAAUUAAACAAGCUGCU